AUGGUAUAUGAACAGGUAAUGGUUAAUACAAGUAAUAGCCAGCAGGACAAUGCAAUCAACAACAUGAAACUUAUGGGGAAUCAUAUUCCACCUGAAUUAACCCAUUCGAUGUCCACUAUGUCAGCACUAUCUUCGGCUGCUAAUUCCCCAAAUAAUAAUUUGAACUCGCCAGUAAUCGAAAUAGCCACUUAUGCAGAUACUGAUGUUUAUGAAUGUUAUAUUCGUGGAUUUGAAGCAAGAAUAGUUAUGAGAAGAACGAAAAAUGAUUGGAUUAAUAUAACCCAAGUCUUUAAGCUCGCUUCAUUUUCAAAAACUAAAAGAACUAAGAUAUUAGAAAAAGAAUCAAUUGAUAUUGAACAUGAAAAAGUGCAAGGUGGAUAUGGUAGGUUUCAAGGAACAUGGAUACCGUUACAUUAUGCAAAACUUUUAGUGAAUAAAUAUAAUAUCAAUGAUCCCGUUGUUAAUACUUUAUUAAAUUUUAUACCUGAUCCAAAUAAUAUGCCACCAAAGAGAACAAAAAAUAGUUUAUUGAAAAAAUCAUCACCAGGUGCAAAAAUUACAUCACCAUCAAGUUAUAAUAAGACACCAAAGAAAAAAACAUAUAAUUCAACUAGUAAUGAUAAUAAUACAAAUACCAGUAUUAUUAAUAAUGUGAAUGGCAACAAUUCUAACAAUAAUGAAAAUUCUACACUAAAAAAAUCUAAAAGACUAUUAUCCGCCUCUUCAGCAACCUCUUCAGGGAUAUAUAAUACAAACAAUAGCAUAAGUAUAUCAACCAAUAUCCAAAGUAACAGCAAUUCUAAUAAUAACUCACAGAUUAAUCCAAGCCCAUUACAAAAUCUAGUUUUCCAAACUCCACAACAGCCAAGAAGUUCUAACCAGAACCAUAUUUCUACUAAUACUAAUAGUAAUUUACCAACCGCAAAUUUAACAAAUACUCACUUAACAACCUCAAUUUCUGAGUUUGAGAAUUCGAAACAAUAUUCAAGGAAUAAUGAAUCAAUAAUAAGUCAGCUCAACACUACAAAUGAAACGCCAAUAUCAACUGGAUAUUCUGCAACACAAAAACCUUUACAGUUUUUUACCGUUCCGACAGCUGUUCCAAGCCAAAAUGAUCCAUCACGAAUCAAUAAUAAUAUUAAUAAUAGUUCAGAACCUCAUACUUCAAACAGCAUGGAUAAUCUAAGUGGCAACAGCAGUAGUAAUAGUAAUACUAGCAAUAAUAAUAAUGACAAUUCAAACGGCAAAAAUGACCAACCAAAUAACAGUAGUAAUACUAAUACCAAGAACUCCAGUAUCCAGCAAGAUCAGUCGACCAAUAGUAAUAAUGCUAAAAAGAAUAACAAGAAUAGUUCAGACAUCCAACAUGAUCAGUCGAACAAUAACGUCAACAAUAAUAAUUCAAAUAGCCAACAUGAUCAGUCUAAACUAAAAGCAACCAAGAACAAGCCACCCCCAUUUUUAGCAUUUAUGCCCGAAGGCCCCAAUCCAGGCGUGUUUGUUCUUCAAGAAGAAAAUGCUAAAAAAAACCAAAAAACUAGGAGUAACGGUACUUAUAAUGACAAGGCUGCAGAUAAAUCUACUGACAAUACGUUACUGACUAAUCAAUCACUGAAAUCAUCGUCAUCUUCUUCAUUAAUUGAUUCUCUUGAUAAUUACAUUGAUCCUCAUAAUGUUACAAUAACGGAUGGUUCGAAUAAUUCUAAACAUAAUCUACAAAAUAACAAUACUUCAUAUUCAAAACUUUUACCUUCAAAUAAGGAACAGUCAUUGCAUCAAACAAAUUUGACACAGCUCGAUGUAAAUUUAGAUUUAAUUAAAGAUAAAGCCAAAAAUUUCACUGAUAAUAAUUCAAUCAACUAUGGAAAUACUAGUAACUCAAAUACUCCUUUGAGUUCAACAUUUCGACCUUUACCUAAUAGUCUCACAAUAAAUAAUGUUCAGUUCAAUUCUCCAUUUACUCCAUUAACGGUAUCUGAAUACAAAGAUUUAAUUUUGCAGGUUUUGGCUUCUGAAAACCUUUCUGACCCUAAUUACUCAUUGCCACCACAACUCUAUAAGCCACCAAAAAAUUUAGAUAUUAACUUCCAAGUUGAUGAGCAAGGACACACUCCACUUCAUUGGGCUGCCGCUAUGGCUAAUAUUCCUUUAAUUAAAUUACUUCUGGCCUUAAAUUGUAAUAUUUUAAGCAAUAAUUACAGGGGGUUUAACUGUAUUUCAAAAUCAAUUUUUUAUAACAAUUGUUAUAAGGCGGGCUGCUUUUCAGAAAUUUUAUCUCUAUUAAAAAUUUGUAUGGUAACUCCAGAUGCAAACGGAAGACUUCCUUUGCAUUAUUUAGUAGAACUGAGUGUUAACAAAUCUAAGGAUCCGACAGUUAUUAAUUUUUAUAUUGCAACCCUAUUACAGAAUCUAGCUCAAGAGGAUACCACACUACUGACAAUGUGUUUAAAUUAUCAAGACAAUGCUGGUAACACAGUGCUACAUUUGGCAGCGUUAAAUUUUAAUUUUGAAUUAUCCCAAAAACUAAGUCUAUUAGGAGCAUCGUUGGAUGUUUCCAAUUUAGAUAAUGAAACACCCGCUUCCUUAUUAAAUAAAUUUAAUAUUUUAACUACACAACAAACACUACAAAUGCCUUAUGAAAAGAUAAAAACUGUUUCUGCUCCUCUGUUGGAUGCUAAUGGACUCAUAUCUGGAAUAACUCCUGCAGAACAAAAUUCUAAGGAUUACGUAGAGGACGAUGCAGAGGAUACUGAAGAUAAUAUUCAAAAAGAUCCGAAAGAUAACAAUACAGAGCAUCAACCGGAAAAUAACUUCGAUUCUAAGCAUAGAUCUGAUAUAGUACAACACUUAAGAACUCCUAAUAUUAUUGACCAACGAGCUGGAAAUCAAUUGCCUUUUAAUUUGCAAGAUUCAGCCUCCUUAAACCAUAUCAUGGAAGAAUUUUCUACUUUUGAUUCAUUAGUUACCUCCUCUGUUGUUAAAUUAAGCAAAUCUACACCUUCAAAAUUUCUACAAACUUCACCUAUUCUCUAUAGGAAACGUACCGGUGAAUUUUUACAAUCUGCUAGUCCAUUUAAAAAGAUUAAAGAUAAUUCAAAAGGUACAAUUAAUGUCCAAGUAACACCAAUUAAACUACAAGAACCAUUACCAUUGGCUACUCUAAAGGCUGGUGGUGUUAUAUCCAUAGUAAAACAAAUUUCUGAAAUUGCGUCGGUCCUUGAAACGUCGAUAACAGCCCAAAUAAGAUCAAUUACCAAUGAAAUCGAAAGUGCUGAAAAUAGCAUCAAAUAUAUAAAUGACAAGAAAGAAGCAACUUCCCAACAAAUAAAUAGUAUUUUAUCGGACUCGGGUGAGAAGAGUGAUAUAUUUGAUAUUGAGACUUUGCAGACUAUGAUUAACAACAAAGAACAUGAAUAUUCUAAAACUAAAGAAAUUUUUAUGGAUUAUCUAAGAAAGUCAUCGGAUUCAAAAUUCCAUGAAAUUCUUAAUGAAGAAUUACAAAAGGAAGAUAAUGAAAAUUGGAAUAAAGAAUCUAAGCAAGAAAGAAACGAAAUCCUGAUAGAAGAGCUUGAAAAAUUAAGGGCAAAGCAAAAUCAAUAUAUUAUUGAUAUCAGUAACGCAGCUUCUAACAUGCAUAAUUCUGAAAGAAUUAUGAAAUAUAGAAGACUUAUUGGCAUGUCUUUCGAUGAUAUAGAUGCCAAGCUUGAUGACAUUGAAAGAGACUUGAAAAGUAAUGAAUGA